AUGGAUUUUUCAACUGAAAUUGAAAUUCAUCAAAACCCAAAUUACAAGACCCAACUAUGCAAAAAUUGGGGACGUCUGGGAUGCGGCCACUGCCGAUAUGGCCCAAAGUGCCAGUUUAUCCACCCAGAGGAUCCAGGUUACAUGGAAGUGUACCCAGAAACCUGGCACUUUGCCAGGGAACAGAAGGCGCAUAGUCAAUAUGUGCAGCAUCUUCAUGCUCAAAAAACCGUCAAUCUAUUCUACAAGGAGCACAUCGACAAAAAAGUCCGGGAAUGGAACGCCGCUCAUCCAAAAGGUCCCAAUUAUUACGACUUCCAUGGAUUAACCACUAAAUUAGCCGAUUUUUACAUUUUUGACAUAAUUUGCGUUAUGAAAUCUGCGAAAAUCCAAAAAUCCUGGAUUGAAACUGACCGCGGAAACCAUUCUAAGGCCAAUUUCGCCGCUAUUAGGUCCAACUUUUUGACUAAUAAUUUCCCUCCAGGCGUUUCAUUUGUUCCUGUCCCCUGUAAUGAUGGUAUUCUGUGUCUUACUGUAGUUUGA